UUGUAUCUGAAAUACAGAAUGCUAAUGGAACUGAUGGCUACACAACAUUAGCCAGCUCGAAUUGUGUGAUGCAACUACUUGUUGCUUGAUCUUGGAAAUAACGGAAAACAUUUGGUGUAGAUUUUUUUGAAGAACAACUAAUGGAUAACUUGACAAUCACAAACAGAAUUCUCCUCAUAGAGGGACUGAAAGUUACACAACAUUCUUCUUAUCCUGUUUUUAUCCUGCUUCUUUUGGUAUAUCUCUUUAUAAUGGGAUGCAAUAUUGGUCUUGUAAUUGUGAUAUUAACUGAGAAGAAUCUGCAUCAUCCUAUGCAUUUUCUGUUUUUUAACCUACCACUGAAUGAUAUAAUAGGGAGCACUGUCAUUAUGCCACGCUUACUGCAGGAUAUUUUAAGGGAAGCCUCAGAGCGAUACAUGACAUAUGUGGAGUGUGUUGUUCAAGCUUAUUUUGUACAUAUAUUUGCAGCAGCAAGCCACUAUGUGCUGUUGAUUAUGGCCUUCGACAGAUAUAUGGCUAUAUGUAAUCCACUGCGAUACACAGCUAUAAUGACCAAUAAAAUGGUGGUCAAGCUAUCAGCAUUGGCCUGGGGGUGGUCAGUAAUUUCAGUGACAAUUCUGAUAUCACUGACUUUACGCCUGUCUCGUUGCAGAUCUAACAUUGAAAACCCUUUUUGUGACAAUGCCUCUCUUUUUAAACUGUCCUGUGAAGACGUUGUUGUUAAUAAUGUGUAUGGAAUAUGUACUACAAUUCUUGUCUCUGUCUUCUCACUUGGAUCUGUAUUCAUAACAUAUGCAAAGAUUGCUACCGUAUGCAUAACCAGCAAAAACAAGUCAUUCAAUCGAAAAGCCAUACAAACAUGCGGCACACACAUAGCUGUUUAUUUAAUCAUGUUUGUUUCUUCUGUCAUUAUGGUUUUUUUGCAUCGAUCUCCCCCUCAAUAUUCUGACAGCAGAAAGCUAGCUAGUAUAAUGUUUCAUAUUGUACCACCAGGACUAAAUCCUUUAGUGUAUGGUUUACAGACUAAAGAAAUAAGACAAAAGACUGUUAAAUUUUGCCGUAGCACAAAAAGGUUAAUGUCAAAUUAACAGAAACAGAAAAUAAUGAUUCAGCACAGAUCACAUUCUUUUCUAAUUAAUAUUUGUUAAACAAAACUGUUUAAAUAAAUAGUCUAUAACAUGUAUUAUAUUUAUUUUAAAAAAUGCUGUGUUAGUCUGACAAUGUUGGGUGCAUGUCUUUUUUUGUUUUGCUUUUUGUGAAAAUUUCACCCUACACCAAUAAAAAUGUGUUUAUUAAAUUAUGAUUAAACUAAUAUCUAAAUGUUUGUCUGAAA